GUCGGCGUGAAUGUCGCUGAGCCGUGAAUGGACAUUAAUAGGGAAUGUAAUGUUCUUCUCCCAAUGCCUGCUUUCUUCUGUCAUUUAAUCUCUGCAACGAAAGCCGGGUGUUUAUAAAAGACAGAGGUGAUGUGAUGGCAGUGCUUGCAGGCAGGAUAGAUCUAAGCAGACUGUCUGCUGCAUGCUAAACCAACUGGAUGCAACACGUUACAGUCCUUUGACAGAAUGGAUUUUCCCAAUUACACUGAAGGGGUGUUUGCCACAAGCAGCAGUGGUAAUGACUCCCUGGAGGCCACUAAACCCCCUUCUAGUAAGAUCCUGCUAACGCUUACCCUGUCUGUGGUGGCGGUCCUGACUACAUUCUUCAACUGCCUGGUGAUCACAGCUAUCGCGGUCACAAGGAAGUUGCACCACCCAGCCAACUACCUCAUCUGCUCAUUAGCUGCGACCGACCUGCUGGUGGCUGUGCUGGUCAUGCCCUUCAGUAUUAUGUACAUCCAAAAAGAGACCUGGGGCAUGGGCCAGGUGGUGUGUACCAUCUGGUUAAGUGUGGAUAUCACUUGUUGCACAUGCUCCAUCCUGCACCUUGCUGCCAUCGCCAUCGACCGCUACAGAGCCAUUACAGAUGCAGUGGAGUAUUCACGAAAACGCACGGGGGCCAGGGCUGGGGCGAUGGUGGCAUUGGUGUGGUUACUGUCCAUCCUUAUCUCACUUCCUCCUCUUAUCUGGCGGCACUACAGCGGAGAUGCCGAGCAGGUAGACCAGUGCAUCAUGAUGCACCAUCACAUGGCCUUCACCUUAUACUCUACACUUGGAGCAUUCUACAUCCCUCUGAUGCUCAUACUCAUCCUCUAUUACAAGAUAUACCGGGCCGCUCAGACCCUGUACAUGCGCAGGGAGGCCAGCCGGGCCAGCCGUUAUUCAAGUGUGACCAAUGGGAGCAUGAUCCCCUCGUCCUACCCUGCUGGAGAUGGCAACGAGGAUAAGGGAGCUCAAAGUCCGGAGCCCAUAAGUCCCCCAGAAAAGUCUUUCUCUGAACCCUCAACUGAGGAGCCCCCACGUGAACGGUUGCGUAAAUCUGUAAAGACUUCCCAGGGCAAGUCGCUGCGGCAUGAGUCACGUAGUGAGUCACGCAGUGAAUCACGUAGGAGCCAGUUAUACCAAGGUCCACGUAUCUCAGGCUCGCGGGAGCGCAAAGCAGCAUCAACGUUGGGGUUAAUAAUAGGGGCAUUCGUCAUCUGUUGGCUACCAUUUUUUGUCAAGGAGGUGAUUGUCAACACCUGCAGUGCGUGCAGUACUUCGAUGGAGAUGGCUGACUUCCUGACGUGGUUGGGUUACGUCAACUCGCUAAUCAAUCCCCUCAUCUAUACUAUCUUUAAUGAAGAUUUCAAAAAAGCUUUCCAAAGACUUGUUAGGUGCAGUCAUUACCUCUGAUGGUAACAGUUACUCAUGAUCACACCCAUACACCACACCACAAACUAUGGAGAUCAGAGCGAACUGACUGAAUACUGAUUGAAUUUACCUGAGAGACACUAAGGAUGAGCUCCAUUUCAAGAACAUCCGCCAGGCGAUCCAGCAGCCAGAAUGGCACCAGCUCAGCCAUGAGCUUGCAGCAAAGUGAAAUCCAUGUUGUGCUAUUUAUGGAAAGCCUUCACUGAUCUUAAUUGGGGUGUUUGAAAAGACAGUGAGAUGUUAGUUUUUUUAAAUGGUCCAUUGCUGACCUUUCUGAGAUCUGGGUUCUGAUCAUUAGUGAUCAGCCCCAUUAACAGCCCUUGACAUAGCUAACCAUUACAGCUUUUUCAUCUAAUAACCACCCUUCUAUGUCGUCCAAGCUGCCGGCUAACAUGUGUAAAAUACCACAGCAUACCAAUUUGUGAUUUCCUGUGGCCAUGGAGUUUCCUUUAUUUGAUUGACUGCCGUAAUGAUUAUUAACAUUGUUGUGUUGUAAGUUUGUCAUUUGUAGAUUGUUGAAGUUUUUAUCUGUCACCAGGCAAUCUGAAAACAGGUGGUUAUCAGCUGGCUUUCAUAGAUUUCAGAAUGCUGAACCAAACAAACCAUGUUUUUAAUGUUAAGGGUGAACAGCUAAGAAUGCCCUCAAUGUGAAUACACAGUGUAAUGAUCUUGGACCACAUGAUACCAUUAUAAGCACUUCCUGAAUUAAAAAUACUUUUGGGACCAAAAUAAAAAUGGAACGUUCUUCAACUUUCACAACAAAAGGGUUUUUCAAAAGGGUUUAAGGUAUUUGUGUAAAUGUUUUUUAAGACACUGACACUUUAUUUGAUGUUUUGCACAAUUUUUUAUUUCUUUUAUGUUAUUUAUUGGGGUAAUUAUUCAUUCAAUUUUUAUAUGUAUCUCUUUUGGAGCUAUUAAACACCCCUACUCAUCUCACUCCCACAUCAUAGGCAGCAUUACAGGUCAAUGAAUGUGAGAACCACAGGUGCAGAAAUCCUCAUUACAUUAAUCCCACUUGAGUAUUUGGAAAAUAACUACUAUUUCUUUACUGCCUGCAAGACGGCCCACGAUAAAUUGAUGGAAAUAUUGUGGGUGAGUCAUGUGUGAGGGUGUACUGUAUGCUAGAAAAGAUCAUAGAAAGUGUGUCAUACAUGUACAUACAUCCCAUACAGUAUGACCAGUAUUUGUAUGCUGCUUCUUUCUUUGUCUCUCACUGUC